UUGGAUUUGAGCCACCUCUGGAGAGAGAGCUAGUCCUGGGUUGCCUGCAAUGUCUCUACAUUGGCUGAUAACCCUGAGUUGCCUUUCAGCUUCACUUCUCCUCCCUGCAACUCUUGGCACCCAAAGAAGAGAAGCCUGCAACUGCAAUGGGAAGUCCAGGCAUUGCAUCUUCGACCUUGAGUUACUCAGACAACGGGGAAAUGGAUACCGGUGCCUCAACUGUGUUGACAACACGGAGGGAACAAACUGUGAGCGGUGUAAAGAGGGCUUCUAUCGCCAGCAUCAACAAGAUCGGUGCACACCCUGCAACUGCAACCCCAGAGGUUCUGCCAGUGCACAGUGUGAUACCUAUGGCCGAUGUCUCUGCAAAUCUGGUGUAACAGGUGAUAAAUGUGACCGAUGCCAGCAUAAUUUCCAUUCCUUCACUGAAGCUGGCUGCACAGCUGUUGGACAAAUACAGAGCUCUCAGUGUGAUUGUGAUCCAUCUGGAAGCACAGGGCAGUGCAUUUCUGGACGCUGUGUCUGCAAGAUGGCAGUUUCAGGAGAACGAUGUGACAGCUGCAAGCAGGGCUAUUAUAACUUAAAUGCAAGAAAUCCAGCGGGCUGUUCUCCGUGCUUCUGCUAUGGGCACUCAACUAUAUGCUCCAGUGGGAAAAAUUACAGUGUCCAUAAAAUUACAUCUACAUUUCAACAUGGUGAUGAAGGCUGGCAAGCUCAAGAAAAUGGGUCCUCAUUACAGCUCCAAUGGUCUCCACAUCACAAGGAAGUUUUUGUGACAGCUAGAAGGCCAGGUUCCAGCUAUUUUGUAGCUCCAGCCAGGUUCCUUGGGAACCAGCAGCUGAGUUAUGGACAGAUGCUAUCUUUUGAUUAUCGAGUGACCCGACCUGGAUUUCGCCCUUCACAGCAUGAUGUCAUCUUAGAAGGAGCUGGUUUGAGAGUCAUGACCCGAUUCAUGCCUAAUGGCAGGAUGCUACCUUGUGGAAUCAGCAAGACUUACACAUUCACGUUAGACGAACACCCAGGUAGUAACUGGAGCCCUAGGCUUAGUAACCUUGAGUACCAUCAGUUAAUUGGGAAUUUGUCAGCUCUUCGGAUCAGAGCCACACAUGGAGCUGGCACAGGAUACCUCAGUAAUGUCAUUUUGGUUUCGGCACAGCCAGGCACUGGCCCUCCAGCCCCCUGGGUGGAGCAAUGUGUAUGCCCAACUGGAUACCAAGGGCAAUUCUGUGAGAAGUGUGCUCCAGGGUACAAGAGAGAGAAUUCGGUUAACUUUGGGGCCUUCAGGCAAUGUGUGCUGUGUCAGUGCCAGGGAGGAGAAACCUGUGAUACAGAAACAGGAGAGUGUUAUUCUGGAGAUCAAAACAUGGAGCACAUAAGUAUUGCCUGCCCAACUGGGUUUUACAGUCUUCCCUGGGACUCACAGAACUGCCAGCCAUGCCCUUGCCAACGUGGCUAUGGUUGCUUGAUCCUGCCAGGCACCCAGGAAAUUGUCUGUAACAAGUGCCCUCCAGGAACCAGUGGUUCUCGCUGUGAGUAUUGCACCAAUGGUUAUUUUGGAGACCCCUUGGGUGAAAGUGGACCAGUACGACCCUGCCAACCAUGUCAGUGUAACACUGCUGACCCAAAUGCUUCAGGGACUUGUGACCACUUGACAGGGGAAUGCAAGUGCAAGGAUGGAUUCUUUGGACAACCUUUAUCCACAAACCCAUCAGAGAAAUGCCGAGCUUGUAAUUGCAAUUCGGUAGGUUCUGAGCCCCUACAAUGUCACAGUGAUGGGAGCUGCAUUUGUAAGCCAGGAUUUGAAGGGCACAGCUGUGAACACACCCGUUGCCCAAUCUGCUACAAUCAAGUGAAGGAUCAGGUAGAUCAAUACCUCCAGCAACUGCAGGGACUUGAAAUGCUUGCCUCUCAGGUUCUGGCAAGUGGAGAGCCAGCAGAUAAUGCUGAGUUAGAAAGGAAAAUGAGGGAGGCCGAGGAGCUGCUCCAGAGCAUUUUGAGAGAUGCAAAGAUUUUACAAGCUACUGACAGGGCCUUGGGAAACCGAUUGUCUAAGAUAAAAUCCCAAGAGUUCACUUACCGGAAUCAUCUGGAUGAGAUAAAAGAAAUAACCAGUAGGGUGAACUCUCUGCACAGUCAGUACAAGAGUCAGAUACAAGAUGUCCAGAGGCUGGUUGAGAAAGCUUGCUUGGAUUUGGAUCAGAGUAAUGCAAAGAUAGAAGGCAUGAUUGUUCCAUCUCCAGAUGUCCCUGGAAGUGGUUCGAACAAGUUCUUAAUCCUAGCCCAAGAAGCCAUGAAGUUAGCAAACAGCCACCUGCAGCUAGCAGAUACCAUUGAGGAAGCAGUCAGGGCAGCAGAAGAUGCCUCCCAAGAGGCACUGGCAUUGCUGCAGGCCUUUGUGAAUGGAGGAAGUAUUGAGACUAACUCUUUGCAAGGGCUCCAGAAAAAGUAUGAUGAGCUGACGCUGCUGUCAAGGGAAUUGGAGGCUGAUGCUAGCCAAGCUGCAUCUAACGCUGACAGGGUCUAUCAGGACACUCAGCAGCAGCUUGGCUCUCUGACUCGUUUAGCAAAGAUUGACACAAGCUCUUUUCAGGAAGAGGCCAGACAGCUCCUGCAGAAAGUGGACUCUUUAACAGGCUUCAUAGAAACCUACAUGACAGAGUACAAGCAGCUGAAAAGCAACUCAGGGAGCUGGGAGGAAGAGAUCAAAACAUUAUUGGAAAAAGGACAAAAUGACAGAUUGUCAUCAGUUCAAUUGUUGUCUCGUGUCAACCUUGCCAAGCAGAAAGCCCAGCAGGCAGUGAGUGCUGGUGAUUUGACUUUGAAUGAAGUUGAGAGUAUCUUGAAGAAGCUGAGGGAUUUUAAUUUUCAAGUAGGUGAUAAGCAAAAAGAAGCCUUGGAUGCCAUGCAAAGGUUACCAUUCAUCAUCAAUAAAGUUGCAAGUACCCGUGAAAAAUUGAGGCGUGUAGAAGCAACCCUGGGCAAGGCUGUUAAUGAAGCAGACACAGCCAGGAGAAUGUCUGGUGAAGCAAGGGAGAUUGCUGCAAGCCUUGAUCAGGAGAUAGGAAGGCUGGCCUUGGAAGCAAAUCGGACUGCGGAUGGUGUGCUUGUCUUGGAGAGUGGGAUCAUGUCUCUGAAGCAAGAGGUCAAACUUGUGGCAGAAGAACUGCAAGAGAAGGCAAGGAAGAUUGACAUGGAUGCCUCCAUGGCUCAAGAGACAAUUGAGGCAUCCCAGAGAGCCAGAACCAAUGCUGUCAGUACUGGGAAUGCUGUCCAAGACAUGCUCAGGUUCCUAGAAGAUGUUUUGCGCAUGAUAGGCAAACCAGAGGCUGUGAAUGAGCAAGGUCUGAACAUGCUUGAAAUUAAUCUUGGCAAUGCCAGAACAAGAAGCAACCAGUUGAAAGAAUUGAUGUUGCAACUACAGGAAACAGCCAGCCGGCAGAAGCUGCGAGUCCAGACGCUGGACAGUAGCAUUAAUGAGAUCCUUGCAGAUAUCAAGAACUUGGAGGUGAUCCAGGAUACUCUUCCUUCAAAAUGUUAUAAUGUACAACCCAUUGAGAGACCUUGAAGCCUUUGGAAGCAGGGAAAGCAGACUUUCAUCAAGCCCUUUUGCCAAGCCAUGGAAAACAACAGGGUUAGAGAAGUGAUUUCAGGGCAAAAUGAAGAGAUGCCUGCCUUACAGGACUGGCUGCUUCUGACUCCACUGAACAUAUCCCUUUGAAGGUCUGUUCAUCCGGUUGGAAUGGCAAUUUCCUCACUGUGGCUUCUGAGGCAACCAUUACCUUUCAGCAGCAGCAUAAUUUGAAGGGUAUGUAAUUCAAGCCUCCACCCUUGAAAAACAAGAGGGAAACAAUCUGGUCACACGACAGAGAAGCUAACCAUAAAGAACACAGUGUGAAAGAGACUGGAUAUAUAAGAUAUGUAUCUUGGGAUAUAUAAGAUCCUAUGUAUUUAUCUGCCUUCACCUGAGGGUGCUAUCCCAGAAUGGAAACUACCACUGAAUCUCAGCUUUAUCCAGCCCUUGGUCUUCCUUUCUUCAAUUCUGAUUCAGCAGAAGAAAAUGGAUGUUGCACCCUGCUAAAUUUACUCUGCUCUAUUAUCAGAUUCUUAGGCAAUGAAUAACUAA